GGCUGACCCAGAAACCCUGUCAGAGUAAUGACAUGUAGAUAUGAGAAUCUCCAGUUUUCCCUUCCUCCUCUUGCUAAAAGGCCCAAAAAUUUCCUCUUACUAUAAUGACCAAAGAUGCAGGUAAUAUCUUGCUAUUCCAGCAAUCCAGUACCUAAAACUGCAGAUCCAAAUUCUGAAUCUUGAGAUUUGGGGGAAAAAAACCUUUUAUUUGAGAAAUACAAAUUCUUUCAGUUGUCAAACUCAGAUACAUUAAAAUGAGAGCAAAAUUUUGUCAUUUUUUUCACCUUUGAACUAUAUUUAUCUCUUAAAGUUGUUUGCUGUUGCCAUUAGUAGCUACAAAUAAAACUACUAAUAUCACACUGGGUACCAUAACCAAAACCCUAAAUCUUGACUAUUUAUAUACAAUCAAUAAUUAAUGUUAUUUCUGUAAAUAAAUAAGAAUUUUUGUAUCAGCCCAUUCUCUGUCCUUUUUUUAACCCUUACAAAUUCACUGGUAACUACUGCUAAUUAAAGUAUAGAUUCCAGGCAACUUAAAUCUUUGCUGCCAAGUUACAGUCCUCAAAUUUGGCUCAAAUACACUGUCUACUCAUAUUCACAUUGACUUGGCUUUUUCUUUUUAGGUGGACAUAUCACUUAGAAUGUACUAGAGCAACUGUAAGAGGGGCUUUCUCAUUUGAUUGUACUCCACUUGCUGUAACACCCAAGAAUGCAGAGCCUGGUUGAUCCCACCUUGAAUCUGCACGGACCAUUGACAUUUAUGGAUGUAACCAUAGAAUUCUCUCUGGAAGAGUGGCAAUGCCUGAACACUGCACAACAGAAUUUAUACAGAGAUGUGAUGCUAGAGAACUACAGAAACCUCGUCUUCCUUGGUAUUGCUUUGUCUAAGCCAGCCCUGAUCACCUAUCUGGAGCAAGGAAAAGAGCCUUGGAAUAUGAAGAGGCAUGAGACUGUAGCCAAGCCACCAGUUAUGUGUUCUUAUUUUGCUCAAGACCUAUUGCCAGAGCAGGACACAAAAAAAUUAUUUCCAAAAGUGAUACUGAGAAGUUAUGGAAACUGUGGAGAUAAACAUGUACCACUAAGAAAAGUCUGUGAAAGUGUGGAUGGUUGUAAAAUGCACAAAAGAGUUUAUGGUAAACUUAAGAAAUGUUUGAUGGCUACACAGAGCAAGACAUAUUUAUGUUACAAAUAUGUAAAGGUCUUUUAUACAUUUUCAUAUUCAAAUAGAUAUAAGAUAAGACUUGCUAAAAAGAAGACUUAUAAAUGUAAAGAAUGUGGCAAAGCUUUUAACCGGUUAUCAAUCCUUACUGCACAUGAGAAAAUUCAUAGUAGAGAGAAACCCUAUAAGUGUAAAGAAUGUGGCAAAGCUUUUAACUGUUCCUCAGAUCUUACUAAACAUAAGAUAAUUCAUACUGGAAGGAAACCCGAAAAAUGUAAAGAAUGUGGCAGAGCUUUUGACUGUUCGUCAUACCUUACUAAACAUAGGAGAAAUCAUAAUGGAGAGAAACCCUACAAAUGUAAAGAAUGUGGCAAAGCUUUUAAGCGGUUAUCAAUCCUUAAUACACAUGAGAAAAUUCAUACUGGAGAGAAACCCUACAAAUGUAAAGAAUAUGCCAAAGCUUUUAAGUGUUCCUCAGACCUUACUAAACAUAAGUUAAUUCAUACAGGAAACAAACCCUACAAAUGUAAAGUAUGUGACAAAACUUUUAACCGGUUAUCAAUUCUUACUACACAUGAGAAAAUUCACAGUGGAAAGAAACCCUACAAAUGUGAAGAAUGUGGCAAAGCUUUUAACCGGUUAACAAUCCUUACUACACAUGAGAAAAUUCAUAGUGGAGAGAAGCCCUACAAAUGUAAAGAAUGUGCCAAAGCUUUUAACUGUUCCUCAGACCUUACUAAACAUAAGUUAAUUCAUACAGGAAACAAACCCUACAAAUGUAAAGAGUGUUGCAAAGCUUUUAACCGGUUAUCAAUCCUUACUACACAUGAGAGAAUACAUAGUGGAGAGAAACCCUACAAAUGUGAAGAAUGUGGCAAAGCUUUUAACUGUUCUUCACACCUUACUAAACAUAAGAGAACUCAUAGUGGAGAGAAAUCCUACAAAUGUGAUGAAUGUGGCAGAGCUUUUAAGUGGUUAUCAAUCCUUACUAUACAUGAGAGAAUUCAUAGUGGAGAGAAACCAUACAAAUGUAAAGAAUGUGGCAAAGAUUUUAGCUGUUCCUCACACCUUAAUAGACAUAAGAGAAUUCAUUCUGGAAAGAAACCUUACAAAUGUAAAGAAUGUGGCAAAGCUUUUAAGUGGUUAUCAAUCCUUACUACACAUGAGAGAAUUCAUACUGGAGAGAAACCCUACAAGUGUAAAGAAUGUGGCAAAGCUUUUAACUGUUCCUCACACCUUAGUAGACAUAAAAUAAUUCAUUCUGGAAAGAAACCUUACAAAUGUAAAGAAUGUGGCAAAGCUUUUAGGUGGUUAUCAAUCCUCACUACACAUGAGAGAAUUCAUACUGGAGAGAAACCCUACAAAUGUAAAGAAUGUGCCAAAGCUUUUAACUGUUCAUCACACCUUAGUAAACAUAAGAGAAUCCAUACUGGAGAGAAACCCUACAAAUGUAAGGAAUGUACCAAAGCUUUCACCUGUUCCUCAGACCUUACUAGACAUAAAGUAAUUCAUACUGGAAAGAAACCCUACACAUGUAAAGAAUGUGGCAAAGCUUUUAACCGGUUAUCAAUCCUUACUACACAUGAGAGAAUACAUAGUGGAGAGAAACCCUACAAAUGUGAAGAAUGUGGCAAAACUUUUAACUGUUCUUCACACCUUACUAAACAUAAGAGAAUUCAUAGUGGAGUGAAGUCCUAUAAAUGUGAUGAAUGUGGCAAAGCUUUUAAGUGGUUAUCAAUCCUUACUACACAUAGGAGCAUUCAUAGUGGAGAGAAACCCUACAAAUGUAAAGAAUGUGGCAAAGCUUUUAAGUGUUCCUCACAACUUAGUAAACAUAAGAUAAUUCAUACUGAAAAGAAACCCUACAAAUGUAAAGAAUGUGGCAAAGAUUUUAAGUGGUUAUCAAUCCUCACUACACAUGAGAAAAUUCAUACUGGAGAGAAACCCUACAAAUGUAAAGAAUGUGGCAAAGCUUUUAACUGUUCUUCAUACCUUAGUAAACAUAAGAUAAUUCAUACUGGAGAGAAACCCUACAAAUGUAAAGAAUGUGGCAGAGCUUUUAACUGCUCCUCAGACCUUAAUAAACAUAAGAUAAUUCAUACUGGAGAGAGACCCUACAAAUGUAAACAAUGUGCCAAAGCUUUUAACCGGCUAUCAAUCCUUACUACACAUGAGAGAAUUCAUAGUGGGGAGAAACCCUACAAAUGUAUAGAAUGUGCCAAAGCUUUUAACUGUUCUUCAGACCUCACUAGACAUAAGAUAAUUCAUACAGGAGAGAAACCCUACAAAUGUAAAGAAUGUGGCAAAGCUUUUAACCGGUUAUCAAUCCUUACUGCUCAUGAGAGAAUACAUAGUGGAGAGAAACCCUACAAAUGUAAAGAAUGUGGCAAAGCUUUUAACUGGUCCUCACACCUUACUAGACAUAAGAUAAUUCAUACUGGAAAGAAACCCUACAAAUGUAAAGAGUGUUACAAAGCUUUUAACCGGUUAUCAAUCCUUACUACACAUGAGAGAAUACAUAGUGGAGAGAAACCCUACAAAUGUUAAGAAUGUGGCAAAGCUUUUAACUGGUCCUCACACCUUACUACACUUAGGAGAAUUCAUAGUGGAGGGAAAGCCUUCAAAUACGAAGAAUGUGGCAAAGUUUUUAACCAGCCAUCAAGCCAAGAGAAUUUAUACUUCAGAGAAGCUUAAUAUGAGGAAUAUGGAAAAGCUUUUAACCAUUUCUCGAAUCUUAACAAAACAAUUCAUAAUGGAGAGAAAUCCUGCAAAUGUGAACGGUGUGGCACAGGCUUUGGUGUAUUCUUAACGUUUAGUAAACAGAAUUCAUGCUGAUGAGAAACCCUGUACAAAUGUGAAGAAUGUGGCAAAGACUUUUGUGAAUCAGCACUAAGUAAACAAAAUAUUUCAUACUGAAGCACAUGGAAAAGCUUUUUACCAGUUCUCAUCCCUUACUAAACAUAAGCAACUUCAUACUGGAGAGAAUUCUGACGCUUGUGAAGAAUGUGGCAGACUUUUUAACUAGUUCUUAAACCCUACAGAACAUAAAAUAAUACACAAUGGAUGGAAGCUACUAACCUUAAGAAUGUGACAAAGCCCUUAGUAUAUUGUUAACCAUUUCUAAACAUAAGGUAUUUCAUACUGGAGAGAAUUCCAACAAAUGUGAAAAAUGUGACAAAGACUUUAACAAGUUCUCAACAUUUAUUACACACAAUUCAUACUGGAGAGAAAUCAUACUAGCAUAAAGAAUGUAUCAAAGCCUUUUACAACUUCUCGAUUCUCAGGAGACAUAAGAUAAUUUAUUUUGAAGAGAAACUCUACAAACCUGAAAGAUGAGACAGUCUUUUCACAACACUUCAAACUUAAAAAUUAAAAUAAAUACAGUGAUCCUAGACCGCAGAAAUGUUAAGAAUCUGUCAAAACCUUUAAGUAGUUGUCACUCUUGAUUGCUAGUAAGAUAAUUGACACUCUAAAAAACUACUUGUUUGAAAAAUGCAACAAAACUUUCAGCUAGUACUCACAUUUUGUUGCACAAGAAAGCAUUUAUACUCGAGGAAAAUUCUACAAAUAUAACAAGUGGAAAAGCUGUUGAUACCGGCUCAUAUCUUACUCAACAUCCAAGAGUUUAUACUUAAUAAAAACAUUGUAAGUGCAAUUAUUGUCAAAAUAGCUUUCAGAAAAUAUAAGUCAUUAAAGUGAAGAAGAGCAUUCAUUUUUAAGAGGAACAUUAAAAAUAUAAAGAGGCUUGUAGUACCAUUACUUGUUUCAUAGAUGUUAUUGUGCAGAGUUUGUAUUAGAGAAAAGAACCUGAAGGAAUUUCUCAAAACUUGUUCAACAUCAGGGAAUUUAUAGUAUAUUGGAAAAAAACCCAAUACAUGUAAUGAGUUUAAAGAAUUAUUCAAAAAUGAUAGCUAAGAAAACAUCAGAGAGUUCAUAGUAAAAUAUAUGUUUACAGAUGCAGUAACUAUGAAAACAACAUUUACUUCAAAAUUAAGUCUAUGUCAACAUCAGUAAUUCACAGUACAAAUAACUAAGGCUGACCCUCCAGGCAUUACACUAAAUCAGAGUGUUGCAUAUAGAACAUCAUCCAAAAUUAAAGUUGUUAAAUAAAUUAUUGUUCUGUAACUUUAACAAAAGAAAAUUGGAGUGUUAUAAUUGCAUUCAAUUAUAACAUUCAAUAAAAGCCUUACAGAUUAAUUUUUGGAAAGUAAAUAAUGAUAUAAUUCAACUCACAGUUUACUUCAUGCUGUAUCUUUUAUUUUUAUGGUCAUAAUAAAAACUAUAUAAAAGUAUAAAUAAAAUACGUUUCUAUGUCCCAAA